UUUUCAUUCCCCGUUCAGAAGCGUAAGUCAAAAUAUCGAUCAAAAGAAUACAAAUUUUUCAUUUAAUCGUGGUGAUUGAAGUAAAAUUUUUAUCUAAGGACAGAAAAUGGAUAUAAAGUCUUUUCUGUAUGAGUUUUGCGCAAAGUCGCGUGUUGAACCUAAGUUUGAUGUUCGCCAAACGGGUCCCAAGAAUCGUCAGCGUUUUCUGUGCGAGGUACGUGUGGACCAGAACAACUACAUCGGCGUGGGGAACUCCACAAGCAAGAAGGAUGCCGAGAAAAACGCUUGUCGCGACUUUGUGAACUAUUUGGUGCGCGUGGGCAAGCUUAAUGUCCAGGAUGUGCCUGUAGAUUCUGGUGCUUCCGCUGGGGCGGGAACUAGGGCUGGUGGACAGGGGGAGGGAGCGCCAGGGAGCAGCGGUCAGCAGAAGCGCGUCUUCGGUGGCCUGUCUGGUCCACAGGACCUGGGCGAGGCAUAUCGCCCACUGAACCACCAGGACGGCACCGGCGGUAGCCGCUUUAACAUAAUCGACCAUGUUCAGGAGCAGAAGGACAUGAACGAGGCGGAGUCCAUCGACGUCAAUGCCGCCAUCCACGGAAACUGGACCAUAGAAAACGCGAAGGAUCGCCUAAACAUGUACAAGCAGGCAAACAACAUCCGCGACGACUACAAGUAUACCCCAGUGGGACCGGACCACGCUAGGAGCUUCAUGGCCGAGCUAUCCAUUUACGUUCCGGCGCUGAAGCGCAAGGUGACCGCCCGUGAGACAGGCUCCAACAAGAAGUCGGCCAGCAAGUCGUGUGCCCUUUCUUUGGUGCGCCAGCUAUUCCAUUUGAAGGUAAUCGAGCCGUUUAGCGGAACCCUAAAGAAGAAGAAGGACGAGGAGCUGAAGCCAUACCCGGUUAACCUGUCGCCAGAGCUGGUCGAUGACAUAGAGAAAGUGAUCGAAGUGCUCGACCUUCCUGUCGUGAAUCCUCGUAAUAUUAAAAUCGAGCCGGACGGAGCUCCAAUUUCGCUAAUUGUAAACCGCAUCGACUCUAUUCAAGAAGAAGGCGAGAAGCGCCAUGAGAGCUCGGUAAUACCAUGGGCACCACCCCAGCCAAACUGGAACACCUGGCAUGCCUGCAACAUCGACGAAGGCGAUCUGGCGACCGCUUCAAUUGAUGACCUAUCAACGGACUUUGAGAUCGCGUUGCGAGAACGCCGUCAGAAUGACGCCGAGUAUCGACAAUUUCUUGAGUUUCGCGACAAACUGCCAAUUGCGGCCAUGCGAUCCGAAAUUCUGACCGCCGUUAAUGAAAACCCAGUGGUAAUUAUCCGCGGUAACACAGGCUGCGGCAAGACCACCCAAAUAGCCCAGUACAUUCUCGACGACUACAUAUCUUCCGGCCAGGGCGGCUACGCUAAUAUUUACGUGACCCAGCCCCGCCGCAUAUCAGCCAUUUCUGUGGCGGAGCGCGUUGCCCGCGAGCGUUGCGAGGAGUUGGGCGACACCGUCGGGUACUCGGUGCGAUUCGAGUCAGUUUUUCCGCGGCCCUACGGAGGCAUUCUCUUCUGCACCGUGGGCGUAUUGCUGCGUAAGCUAGAGGCGGGCUUGCGAGGAGUCUCGCACAUUAUCGUUGACGAAAUUCACGAGCGAGACGUCAACAGUGACUUCCUGCUUGUCAUUCUUCGCGACAUGGUUGAUACUUACCCGGAUUUGCAUGUUAUACUCAUGUCGGCGACCAUUGACACUACGCUCUUUUCAAACUAUUUUGGCGGCUGUCCCGUACUAGAGGUGCCCGGCAGAGCUUUUCCAGUUCAGCAGUUCUUCUUGGAAGACAUCCUCCAGAUGACAGAGUUUGUGCCCUCCGUGGAAUCGCGUCGAAAGCGAAAGGAGGCUGAGGAUGAAGAACAGCUGCAGCUUUCCGAGAAUAAGGAAGAAGCGGAGACCAACUUUAACAAGGUGUGCGAGGACAAGUACUCACAAAAAACGCGAAAUGCAAUGGCCAUGCUCUCCGAAUCGGACGUAAGCUUCGAGCUGCUGGAGGCAUUGCUGGUGCACAUCAAGUCAAAAAACAUUCCUGGCGCUAUCCUGGUUUUCCUUCCCGGCUGGAACCUUAUAUUUGCUCUUAUGAAGUUCCUACAAAGUACGAAUACUUUCGGCAAUUCUUCACAGUACCGCAUUCUGCCGUGCCACUCACAGAUUCCACGCGAUGACCAGCGAAAAGUUUUCGAGCCAGUGCCAGAAGGAGUGACCAAGAUCAUUCUCUCUACAAACAUCGCAGAGACUUCUAUCACCAUCGACGAUAUUGUCUUUGUUAUUGACAUCUGCAAGGCGCGCAUGAAGCUCUUCACCUCGCACAACAACCUAACAAGUUACGCCACCGUUUGGGCCAGCAAGACCAACCUGGAACAGCGCAAGGGGCGAGCCGGUCGAGUCCGCCCAGGCUUUUGCUUUACGCUUUGUUCGCGCGCACGUUUCGAAGUGCUUGAGGACACCCUAACGCCAGAGAUGUUCCGCACGCCGCUGCACGAGAUGGCUCUCACCAUUAAAUUGCUCCGACUGGGUUCCAUUCACCACUUUCUAUCAAAGGCACUAGAACCACCGCCAGUAGAUGCUGUCAUCGAAGCAGAGGUAUUGUUACGUGAAAUGCGCUGUCUCGACAUCAACGAAGAACUAACACCUUUAGGUCGGCUACUGGCUCGUCUUCCAAUUGAGCCGAGACUGGGGAAGAUGAUGGUGCUCGGGGCGGUGUUCGGCUGUGCCGAUUUGGUGGCCAGCAUGGCCUCCUAUUCCAGCACUUUUUCUGAGGUGUUCUCAUUGGACAUUGGCCAGCGCCGAUUGGCAAAUCACCAGAAAGCAUUGAGCGGAAGCAAGUGUUCCGAUCAUGUGGCCAUGAUCGUGGCCUUGCAAAUGUGGCAGCGCGCAAAACAGCGUGGUGAACACGAAGAAGCCCGGUUCUGCGACUGGAAGGGUCUUCAAAUGAGUACUAUGAACGUCAUGUGGGAUGCCAAGCAGCAGUUACUGGAUCUUCUACAACAGGCCGGAUUUCCGGAAGAGUGCAUGAUACCACACCAUGUGGAUGCCGAUGCUAAUGGGGACGACCCGGUGCUGGACUUGUCGCUCGCUCUGCUGUGCCUGGGCCUCUACCCCAAUAUUUGCGUGCAUAAGGAGAAGCGUAAGGUGCUGACCACCGAGUCCAAGGCGGCGCUGCUUCACAAGACUUCGGUGAACUGCAGCAACUUGGCCAUCACCUUUCCGUAUCCAUUCUUCGUGUUUGGGGAGAAGAUCCGCACGCGAGCCGUUUCCUGCAAGCAACUUUCGAUGGUAUCGCCUCUUCAGGUAAUGCUGUUUGGAUCGCGAAAGAUCGAUUUGGCGGCAAACAGCAUUGUGCGCGUAGACAACUGGGUAAACUUCGAAAUGGAGCCAGAACAUGCAGCCAAAAUCGGGGCUCUUAAGCCGGCCUUAGAGGAUCUGAUUACUGUUGCAUGCGAUAACCCGGGCGAUGUACUUCAGCUGGAGGAGCCCUACGCCAAAUUGGUCAGCGUGGUCAAGAACCUGUGCGUCAAGAGCGCCGGUGACUACAAAAUAAAGCGUGACUCUGGCAUCCUGCCGCAUCAAUCUCGGCAGUCUAGUGCCGGCGGUGGACCCGCGAAAAGGGGACGCUUCGACAGCGGCGGCGGUGAUGGAGGACGCUUUGGUAGUAGAGGUUACGGCCGAGGAUACGGAAACAACUUUGGAUAUGGAAAUAAUGGAGGAGGGUACGGAAAUAAUGGAGGAGGGUAUGGAAAUAAUGGAGGAGGGUAUGGAAAUAAUGGAGGAGGAUAUGAUAAUGCUGGAGGAGGCUACGGAGGUAAUGGAGGGGGAUAUGGAAACAGCGGGGAUUAUGGAAAUAAUGCAAGAGGAUAUGGAAACAAUCGCGAAGGCUUUGGAAAUAACGGUGCUGGAAACUCGGAGAGAAACGUGGGAGGUGGCAACCAAACUGGCAGCUGGGGACGCUUUUAACGUACGUAGUCGUACAGUUAUCAAAGAAUUUGGACGCAGAAAUAUUUGUCUUCAUAAUUUAUUUUUAUUAUCGUACACGAAUAAAAGACAGUUUAAAAAUG